ACCUGUGUUAGUGUCACAUGAGAGCCUCCCUCUGCUAAUGCUAACAAAAUGGCAGCGUUCCUACAGUGGAGAAAAUUUGUCUUCUUUGAUAAAGAGACGGUGAAGGAUCCCGUGGAUAAUGGAAAAAACUUCGUUCUUCCCAGCGGGAUAUCGGCGUGUGACUCCGGCCGGGGCCACAUCGUCCUCGGAGAUAUGGUUGGUCAGAUCUGGCUCUUGACCCGCUCCCUGCAGUUGACUUCUUUUCAGGCGUACAAGUUGCGUGUAACACACCUCUACCAGCUGAAGCAGCACAGCAUCCUGGUGUCUGUGGGGCAGGACGAACAGGGAAUAAACCCCCUUGUGAAGGUCUGGAACCUCGACAAGAGAGACAGCGGAAAUCCUCUGUGCACGAGGAUUUUUCCUGCCAUCCCCGGAAACAAGCCCACAGAAGUGUCCUGUCUCAGCGUCCAUGAGAACCUCAACUUCAUGGCCAUCGGCUUCACAGAUGGCAGUGUGGUGUUGACCAAGGGCGACAUCACCAGAGAUCGCCACAGUAAAACCCUGACGCUGCACGAGGGAACCUGCCCUGUCACGGGCCUCGCCUUCCGCCAAGUGGGGAAGGUCACGCAUCUGUUUGUCGCCACUCUGGAGAAAGUCCAUUGCUACACCCUGUCCAUCAAGGAGUAUCCUAAACUAGAGCUGGACACACAUGGCUGUGCGCUGCGCUGCUCUGCCCUCGCCGAUCCCUCCCAGGACUCCCAGUUCAUCGUGGCCGGCGACGAAUGCGUGUACCUGUACCAGCCCGACGAGCGGGGGCCCUGCUUUGCUUUCGAAGGACACAAGCUGCUGGCCCACUGGCACCGGGGCUACCUGCUCUUACUCAUCAGGGACACAAAGUCACCCAGCAAGACCGGAUUCAGUAGCAGGGAGAACUCUCCAUCAGAAAAACAGCUUCUGACCAUCUACGAUCUGGACAACAAGUUCAUCGCCUACAGCGCCUCCUUUGACGACAUCAUUGAUGUGCUGGCAGAGUGGGGCUCCUUCUACAUCCUCACCAGAGACGGAAAGAUGUUUGUUCUCCAGGAGAAGGACACUCAGACUAAACUAGAAAUGCUGUUCAAGAAGAACCUGUUUGUGAUGGCCAUAAACCUGGCAAAGAGCCAGCACCUGGAUAGUGACGGGCUGUCAGAGAUCUUCAGGCAGUAUGGCGAUCACCUCUACCUGAAGGGAGACCACGACGGCGCCAUCCAGCAAUACAUUCGCACCAUUGGAAAACUGGAGCCGUCGUAUGUGAUCAGGAAAUUCCUGGACGCACAGAGGAUCCACAACCUGACGGCGUACCUGCAGGCCCUGCACAGACAGUCGCUGGCCAACGCAGAUCACACCACACUGCUGCUCAACUGUUACACCAAGCUGAAAGACAGCUCGAAGCUGGAAGAGUUCAUCAAGAGCAGUGAGAGCGAGGUCCACUUUGACGUUGAGAUCGCCAUCAAGGUUCUUCGCCAGGCCGGCUACCACAGUCAUGCUGUUUUCCUGGCUGAGAAACACACGCACCAUGAGUGGUACCUGAAGAUCCAGCUCGAAGAUCUCAAGAACUACCAAGAGGCGCUCCGCUACAUCGGACGUCUGCCUUUUGAACAAGCUGAGAGCAACAUGAAGCGUUACGGCAAGACACUAAUGCACCACGUACCAGAAGGUACGACUCUGCUCCUCAAGGGUUUAUGCACCGACUACCAGCCCAGCCGAGACGCUGCCGACAGAGACAGCCUGGAGAGAGGUCUAUCCAACAAGGCCAACUCAGAGGAGUUCAUCCCGAUCUUUGCCAACAACCCUCGGGAGCUGAAGGCCUUUCUGGAGCACAUGAUCGAGGUGGACCCCUUUUCUCCUCAGGGUGUCUAUGACACACUGCUGGAGCUGCGGCUGCAGGACUGGGCACACGAAAAGGAUCCUGAGAGAAAGAAGGUUCUGCAGGGGGCAGCACUGUCGCUGCUGAGGAGUGACAACACUGUGUUUGACAAGGCCCUGGUCCUCUGUCAGAUGCACAACUUUAAAGAGGGCGUCCUCUACCUCUACGAAAAGGGCAAACUGUACCAGCAAAUAAUGCACUACCACAUGCAGAACGAGGAGUACAGCAAAGUGGUGGAAGCCUGCAAGCGCUUCGGGGACCAAGAGGUUUGUCUCUGGGAGCAGGCGCUGGGAUACUUUGCCCGGAAAGAAGAGGACUGCAAAGCCUACAUCAGUCAGGUCCUGCAGCACAUCGACCAAAACAACCUGAUGCCUCCUCUGCUUGUGGUGCAGACUCUGGCGCACAACUCCACGGCCACGCUGUCCGUCAUCAAGGACUACCUCAUCAACAAGCUGCAGAGGGAGAGCCAGCAGAUCGAGGACGAUGAACGCAAAAUCCGCCAGUACCGCGAGGAAACGGCCCACCUGCGCUCCGAGAUCCAGGAGCUCAGAACCAGUGCAAAGAUCUUCCAGAAGACCAAGUGCAACAUGUGCAACAGUCCCCUGGAGCUGCCCUCCGUCCAUUUCCUGUGCAGCCACUCCUUCCACCAGCACUGCUUCGAGAGCUACGCCGAGAGCGAGGCCGAGUGUCCCACCUGCACCCCGGAGAACCGCAAAGUUAUGGACAUGCUGCGCGCCCAGGACCAGAAGCGCGACCUGCAUGACCACUUCACCAGACAGCUGCGCAGCUCUAAUGACGGCUUCUCCGUCGUGGCUGAUUACUUUGGUCGAGGAGUGUUUAACAAACUGACUCUGGUCACUGACCCUCCUGGCAGCAAACACGCCAGCAGUUUGGAAGUCGACCUCCAGAGAGACCUUCUCAUCCACACCAAGAGGAACAGCUAGGAAACUGCAGCCAUGUUGGAUUUGCUCUGAAUCCUGCCCCAGGAGCCAUUUUCUGUCCAGCUUCACACGAUCAAAGCGCGCGGGGGUCUUGACCACAAGCUUUGUUGCACAGGACGUCACUUUAUUUAACAGAAAAUGCUCAUUUGCGUACUCUUAGUGCCUGUGAUGAAUUUGUUUGCUUAGUUCCGGUCGUGCUCCUUCUCCAAGUGAAGGAUCAUAGGGAACGUGUGUAAAAUGUAUUUAUCAAAAUGUGUAAUACAGUGUCUACAAACCGUGCUGAUUCAUGCCUUGAAGAGUUUUUAGCUUGCUGGGGGCUUGGUUGUACUCUUUAUUACGUAAUCUUGCAUAACAGGCUCUCACAAAUAUAUAAAUCGUCAGUGAAAUGAUUUCAUGCUCACUCUGUCUUUCAUGCUAACUUAAAGAAUAAAAUUGUGAAUGUCAUGCAUCCUG